AAGGAGAGAGAGAUCCAUUUUCUAACACAGAGCGCCAAUGGCUCCCAAAUCAGAAACCCUAGCAGCCGACUCCACCACCGUUGCUACAUCCAUGGAUCCAAUCUUCCACAUCCUCAAGGUCCUCCCAUUCAGCUUCCUCCACCCGCCGCGGCUCCGCCUGAAGCUGCCGUCGCUCUCCCUCCCCUCCCCCAUGACCGUCUACGCCCUCCUCCUCCUCACUUACUUCAUGGUGGUCUCCGGAAUCGUCUACGACGUCAUCGUCGAGCCUCCCGGCAUCGGCUCAUCCCAGGACCGCCACACCGGUGCCGUCCGUCCCGUCGUCUUCCUUCCCGGCCGUGUCAACGGCCAGUACAUCAUCGAGGGCCUCUCCUCCGGCUUCAUGUUCGUCCUCGGUGGCAUUGGCAUCGUCCUGAUGGACCUCGCUCUGGAUCGAAACAGGGCGAAGAGCGUGAAGGUGUCGUUCGCCUCCGCCGGCGUGGCGUCGGUGGUGAUCGCGUAUGUUAUGAGUAUGCUCUUCAUUCGCAUUAAGAUCCCAGCUUAUCUUCAUUGAUUUGGUUGGUGAUUGUGGGUUUAAUCUUAUGAUUAGAUUUGUGAAAUCAGGAGUUUUUUUUUUAUAUGUUAUUGGAUGUUUUCCGAUUUAGUAGCAGUUACAGUGAGAUUGUGGAUUUUGUGAUUUGGAUCUUCGUAUGAGUAUAUAUAAAUAGGAAAACGCCAUAUGGUUGCUGAUUAACUGAUGGAAA